AUGGAUUAAGACUUAUGUUUACAUCAAGAGAAUAUUCAAUAAAAUACUGAUUAAUGUAUUGUUACAUAGUCUAAUUGAUUAGUUUAAUUAGCAGUUAAUCUAUUCAAUUAAAAAAAGUGGAUUGAAGCUGAUGAAUUGUUUACAGAUUUAGUCCAAAAAAAACAAAAUGCUCCUUAUUCUUAAUUUUAUAAAUGUAUAUUGAUUGGAAUUUAUUUAAUUAGGCUAAACUUUAAUCCAUUUAAAUCAAAUCGAUAAGCUGAUAAAUUUUGUUGAGUAAAUUCAAGCUGAAAAUCCUUACUUUUUUACAUAGGUUAUAGAGCAUUGUAAUCAAGAAUUGAAAAAUGAUUCUGAAAAUAUUAUCAUUUUAUGUAUUAAAGGUAACCCAAAUGUCAAUCAGUAAUUUAAGGUAUCGCUCUAGAUGUUUUACAUUAAUUUGAUGAAUCUGAAUCUAUCAUUAAUGAGGCAAUUAAAUUAAAUCCAUAAUUUCCUCUAAUUUAAGUUUGGAGAUGUAUUCAAUAGAUCUAAUUUAGGUCUUACUUUAAUUUCAAAGAAAAAGUAUAACGAAGUGAUAGAUAUUGGUUAACAAGCUUUAAAAGAAUAUCCAAAUUCUGUAAUACUUCAUCAUUAUGUAGGUAUAUGCUUUAAUUUAUUUUAGGGAUUUCAUUAUAAAUAUUAUCAAGAUCUGUUGAGGCUUUGGAACAUUUCGAAAUCAUUCUUUAAUUAAAUCCAAACUUUGUGCAAAUUUAUUUAUGGAAAUGUAACUAGAAUAUUUACAUUAUUUUCAGGUAUUUCUUUAGAAACAUAAAAUUAAUAUCUUAAAGCCUUAUGUUGUUAUGAUUUAGCACUUAAGCUUGAUUCAAANUCUUUAAUUUUCUUUAUACAAUUAAAUAUCUAAUAGUUUGAACCCGAAAUAUCGUAACAAGUGUUUCUAUCCUAUUAGUUUCUAUUAAUUGUAAUUCUAAUCAUUAGAAAUAUUGAAAUUAAAAUUCAACAUUUUAAUUAAUUGUGUUACUCGAGACAUACAUAUGUUUAAGCUUUAUUAUAGAAAUUGUAAAUAAGUAAAUAAUUAUAUAACUUACAAGCUUAAUUGAGUAUCUUGUUACUCAAGCAGAUUACACAUCUGCUGUAAUUUAUCUUAGUUGAUUUUAUCUCGCCAUUUCGAUAAUCGCAUAAUUUGAUAUGA